GUUACACAAGUAGUGUUUUCUCUGUUAACUUCUUACAUUUCAGGUCCUCUUUACUAAUAACUAAACACAAACAAAAAUGGCGUCACUAUCACGGCUAACAAGAAAAACCCUAACUACCCACCGCCACCUGCUCAGCCGUGCACUUGCAACUGAAGCAGUCGCCGUGAAACAAUCCCCACCGCCGCCGUCGUCAGUAAAGAUAACGGAAAAUCCAGAUCGAGUGAAAUGGGACUACAGAGGACAAAGAAAGAUCAUUCCUUUAGGUCAAUGGCUACCCAAGAUAGCGGUUGAUGCUUAUGUUGCACCUAACGUUGUAUUGGCUGGUCAGGUCAACGUUCUUGAUGGAUCUUCAGUGUGGAACGGCGCCGUUUUGAGAGGAGAUCUUAAUAAGAUAACUGUUGGGUUUUGCUCUAAUGUUCAAGAAAAAUGUGUUGUUCAUGCUGCUUGGUCUUCUCCCACUGGUUUACCAGCAGAGACUAUGAUCGAAAGGUUUGUGACAGUUGGAGCCUACUGCUUAUUAAGGUCAUGCACAAUCGAGCCAGAGUGCAUAAUUGGGCAACAUUCAAUAUUGAUGGAAGGGUCUUUAGUUGAAACCCACUCUAUUCUUGAAGCUGGGUCCGUAUUGCCUCCAGGAAGGAGAAUUCCAACUGGUGAAUUAUGGGCUGGUAAUCCUGCUAAGUUUGUGAGGAAACUGACUCACGAAGAAACCUUGGAAAUCCCAAAACUUGCUGUUGCCAUAAAUGAUCUCAGCAAAGAAUAUUUCAAUGAGUAUUUACCUUACUCAACCAUAUAUUUGGAAGUCGAGAAGAUGAUGAAGUCUCAUGGGAUUUCAAUUUAAAACUCUUUUUGUAUCAGUUUUCCUUGAAAGGAAGAAAUAAGAAACUCUUUAAGGGGACUAUCUAAAUGAGUUUGCUUGUUUUUGUAUCUUGAUUUCAAGAACCAGUGCGAGGACUGGUUCCCGACUCUUUGGUGACUUCCUUUGGCCUUUCUGGGCUUAUAUUCAUGACAUCAAGCUUGUACUAGCAAA